AUUGCUGGCAACGCAUGUCCUAUUUCCACAGUGAGUCAAAGUCCAUCACCUCGUCAACGCUCUUUCUUGUGCUUCCGGUAGUUGGCUAGCUGUUAUCAGAAUUCGAAGCAUAUACACAACAACUGUGAAACAAUUAUGAGUCCUCUUGCCGCACCCGCUGUAUCGUCUCCCUUGUAUGGAGGACCUCAGCCGGUCCUGCCGGGGCAUGCUCCCAACCACCGAGCCUCGGAACUUCCCAAGGAGUUAAAGCAACAUGAAAUCAUCAGUCCUGGAAAGAAUGAACAUGAAAUUGUCGCGAUGGGCGACUUUGAUACUGCUUCGCUGCGCCGGGCUGCUAACUGUUGGGGCAGGGCUAUGAUUGACGACCCCACCCUUACCUGGCUUACCGACGGCAAGUGCCCUCAACGACUGGUAACCUUCUUUGAUCGCUGCGCCCUCAUGUUCCUGCGCGGCACAGCCGACCGCAGCUGCUGCUGGGCCCUGCAGCCCACCUCCUCUUCCCCCUCCGCAGACGGCGGUGGCAGCGCGCGGCCGGACCCGCUGGUGGUGUGUGUGGCCAGUGAGUACCCGCGCACCUACCCCGGCACCCUGGCGCUGCUGCGGGGCGGGCUGCUGCAUGUGCUGCUGGCCGUGCCCAGCCUGAGCACCAUCAGGGUCUUCGGCCGGCUGAUGCACACCUUCGACACGGCCAAGGAGGAGUUCUAUCGGGAGAACGGCCCCUUCCUGUACAUCACCUGCUUUGGGACGGACCCCGAUCACCAGGGCAAGGGUCUGGGCUCCAAGCUGAUGCGGGUGGUCCUGGCGCACGCGGACAGCCGCCGCAUACCGGCCUACCUAGAGGCAAACAGCGACGACAGCCGCCGCUUCUACGAGCGUCACGGUUUCAAGGUACUGCGGGAGCUGAGUGCCGCCCCCGGGGCGCCCAGCGUCUACCUGAUGGCUCGUAUGGCGGCGGAGGAACCGCGAGCAGGGUGAUGCGCGCGGUAGCGGUGUCGUGGCGCGGUACGGCAGGUACUGCAGGUGCUGCGUGGGGGCCAUGCGGCAUGCAUGGCGUCGCGAAGGGCGGAGGCAGAUUAAGUAAGGCGUGGCUGACUGUGGAGCGCUGGCAAGGGCUAUGUGCAGAUGAAGGGUUGUAGGGCUCCGGUUUUGAAGGAUGGGAGCGCAGAUUAUGGCUAGUAGGAGGUAAGUAAUGAAGUGACAUAUAGUGGUGGGCAGGCAGUUGGUUAGACGGACAGGUUAGACGGACAAUGAGGCACUGAAAGCAAGCUGAUGUGGGGGCAUAGAGCUAUUUUGCAGAACUGCUCUUACGACGGGGGUUAGCUAUGCCCAAUAUCCUCGCAGGCUUCGGAAUGCGCAUUUUGUUAAUUUAAUAAAGUAUUUCACUCAUUCAUCCGUCAUGCUGUCCUGACAACAAAUUCAUGCGUCCUUGCUUGCAUCCUAAUUCAUGAGUUACGAAAUAGCAAGGGUGCGAAGUGCACGGAUUUUGGGUUUGGUAGGACCCCAUGCGUCACGUUGGCGUUGCCGUACAUAUCUUCUGUCAUAUUGCUUGCAGGGUUGCAGCGUGGUGCGGACUGAAAUUAAAGUUGUUGGCGUGUGUAUGUUCAAAUAACUGGCGUGUGUAUGUGUGCAUGGCCGUUUUUGGGAAUGGCGUGCAGAGGCAUCAAAGGCCAUGACAGGGUUGACGACCGGUAUUAACAUUUACAGGUUGGUUAGAGUGUCCCUACCCGACCGCCUGAUGCCACUGAAGUGUGCUGUAGCUCUAAGGGCUG